AUGGAUUUAAAUAAUCCCCAAGCUUUUCUUGAGAAUAUUCAAAGAAGGAUCAGAAUUCUUAAAGCAAAAUCCGAUCUACAAAUGAGCGUGGAAAUUCUUACUUCUUCAAUUUCACUAUUAAAGGAUAAAGUUCUCGAAAAUCAAGAGAAAUUAAAAAAGCUCUCUAUUAUCUCACAACAUGUGAUUAAUAUUUUAAAACAAUAUCCGACAGAAGAUAAGAAAGUCAACAGAUAUAUUUUGGAAUCUGUAACUGCUGUUAAAUUUAUUGUUGCAAAAUUAUCAGAAAAUAAGGAAGAAAAACAAGAAGAAUCUAUUGAUAAGACUAUUUUAGUUCUAAACAAAUUACAAGAUGCAAUAUUAGAUCUUAUUAGUUCCGAAGAAACUACACUCUCAGAUAUAUUCAACUCUGAAAGAAAAAUCGAAGAAAUACUAUAUUAUGCAGAAGAUUCAAAAUUUAUUUCAGAGGCUUUGGAUAAUACCUCAUGGAAGCAACAAAUCAACGAACAUCGUCAAAGGUUGAAUCAGUCAAACUAA